UGUGCUCUUCGGGUUGAUCUACGUUAACAAGAUAAAGGGGAUACCCACAUAUUGUGUACGUGUCUCUCAAGUAAUUUCACAACUUGAACGCAUUUUAAGUCACACACACAUGUUGAAUUGAGUUAUAUUUUAAAUCGUGUUACACGCAAUAUUUUAAUACAUACAAAAAAAAACAGACAAAAAUAUAUAUAUACAAUACACUUUAAGAAGGCGUGGCAUGUUUUUAUCGCAAUCAAAAAUUCGCAGUGCGACACCGCCGUCAACAACAUUCGUAAGCUUCAAAAACAAAAACACUUCCAACAACAAUAACAACAACAACAACAAACAAGAGAACAGUAAUGCCAAUAGCAACAACAGCAACAAUGCGGAUAUUCAUGGGAUAUCGCAACGCAAACCAUGGGAGCGUGAGCUGAUUGGCUGCUUUCUGUUAAAAAUGGCUGACAAUCAGGUGGUAAGCGCGCGCAGUAGUUGGUAUGUGGAUAAGCGGACACUUCGAAGGGAAUUCGAGCAGCAUCUGCUAUGGGAGCCCAAUAGCACUGAAUUACGGGUUAAGCUCUCCAUAAACGGGAGCUAUAAUAUCGGUUCGCUGUUGCAGCGUACAAACUUUUUAAUGAACACUCCGCGUGGCGACUCCAAUUACCGCAUCAAGAGUCUGGCUCUGAUGGAGUUUCGUAGGGAGAAGUACAAUGCAAUCGAUGAGAAGCAGCGGCAAAAUGAUCUUGUUGUUGUCAGCAAUGCGACGGAUGCUACGCAAGAUGGUCCGAUUACCCAAAAAUACGUACUGGAUGAGGCGGCCGAGUCAGUUCCAUUGAAAUAUCAAAAGACUCAAAAGCAACAUCGCAAUUUAGACUUUGAGUUAAGUUCGAUGGGUUGCUACAUUUGUCAAUGCAACUUUGAUAGCAUUGAGAAGUACGAGGAACAUGUCGAAUACCAUGGCGACGAGUCGGACUUUGAGUCGUUGCAGGAAAUGACAAAAUAUGGCCAGCCGAUGUUGAAGCUUUCGUAUAGGACCUGCGUGGAUAGUCAUUAUUUUGGUUUUUCGCUGGAAACGCAACUAAAGGAUAUUGUGAUUGAGAAAUUUAUUAUUGUGCAGUCGCGUCAGUUUUAUUAUGUUUACAACAAUCGAUUGCCAUUGGAGGUGGACGAGAGUGGGCAAAUGGUAUUCUUUGUCGACUCGCACGUGUUUAUGAUACUGCGUGAGCAACCGAUUGUGAUUGGAUACAGCCAGCAGGUGAAUGGGCAGCGCUAUCAUUAUGUGGAACAGCAUCAUUUUAUGCACACCGAUGCGUUGCCCAAGGCCAGCUUCAAUGUGAAUCCUUAUCGGCUGUCUAACAAAAAGCUUUUUCGCGGUGGUCGCCUAGAGCCGGCCAUCCCACCAAAAACCGUAGUUACCGCACUGAAGCAUGAUGCGCAGGAUGCUGAAAUUCGUUUGGCUGAAUACAACAAGGACUAUCGUAACUAUUGUGAAUUGGGACGGGAGUUCACGCCACGCAAUAUAUACGGGACGCUUCGCACUUUGCUUCAAGUAGAGGAUAUCGAGCGGCUGCAACGCUAUGUGGGCCUUAAGCAAUCCAAAAUGGAGCUGCAUCAGUUCGGUAAAGAGUUGUCGGUUAAACUGCAACCGAAUUCAAGGAACUUAAGUGCCGAGGACAUUCUCUCACCUGGUGAUGAAGUUCUUAUUAUCAAUGAACGGUGCACGAUUGGCACUCAGUCAGAGGCGGGCAAGGCGAACAGCAUCAGGCAGCUGCUAGACAAUAAUAGCCUAUUAUUGGAAUUGGCGCUCAAAGACUUCGAUGCACUCAUUCAAUGGAGUCAGAAGGUCAAUGAACAGUUUGGCCUUCCCGAAAAGGAACGUCGGGAGCCUCGGGUUUAUUUUGCUCGCAUCCUGGGCGUAUCGACGCAACGCGUCAAUAUCACCUGCGAUCGGCAUCUGCUAGAUAAUACGACUUAUACGCUACUCUUUCGGCCCGUGCGAGCCGUUCUCCGAUAUCAAUAUCGGGCGCUACGUCAGUUAAGUCUUACCAACCCAGAGCAUGUGGAACGUUUGCUGUUUCCAUCUACAAUUACGGGACAGUCGGUGGCUAGCGGCGCUUUGUGUUUCUUUAAUGAGAAUAUAAGCCGUAAUCCGGAGCAACAGCAGGCGGUUCAACAAAUUGUAUAUUGUGAUAAGCUACCAGCUCCUUAUGUUAUCGUUGGCCCGCCAGGUACGGGCAAAACUUCGACAAUAUGUGAGGCCAUCUAUCAGCUGUAUGUGCGCCGACCAGAUACCCAUAUCUUGGUCCUAGCCGGCUCCAAUACGGCCUGCGAUGAAAUCGCAUUGCGUCUACUGCGAGUCAUAUCGAAGGUUCCAAGUCAGUCGUGUCCUUUGACUCGCAUCUUUGCCGCCAGCUGUGAUCGACGCAUCGAUAAUAUUGAUGACUUGCUGUUGGAAUAUUCGAAUAUGUAUGCCUUACACUUCUAUCCGGACGUGCAAGCUGUGCACGACUAUCGGAUUGUGGUGUGCACCCUUAGUUUGGCGGGCAAGCUGUCGACAGGUGGCUUUGGCCGUGAUGAGGAUAAACGCAACGUAUUCUCACAUGUAUUUGUGGAUGAGGCGGCCGCUUCGACUGAAGCGGAGGUGCUAAUGGGAAUUACCUGUACCAUUGCCCCAACCACAAAUCUUAUUUUAUCUGGUGAUCAUAAACAACUAGGCGCGGUACUUCAAUCGCAACGUGCCGGCGAUUGGGGACUGGGAGUAUCGCUAUUCGAGCGUCUAUUGCAGCGUGAAUGCUAUCGCGUGGACGAGAAUGGUGAUUACAAUGCAGUCGUGCAGACACGAUUGCGACGUAACUAUCGUUCCCAUCCCGAAAUUGUUAAGCUCUAUAGUGAUCUCUACUAUAACAGUGAACUGAAAUCGGAGGCGAUAUAUGGAAAAGUGUGCAUAGCUAAAAACUGGUUUCAUAUGCCCAACGAACAUUUCCCUAUAAUGUUUCAUUCAGUUUUUGGCACGACCAUGAACUUGCAGAGUUCGUUGAGCCUGUGCAACAAUAAGGAAAUCGAUGCAGUUAUGGACUAUGUGAAAGAUCUAAUGUACUUUGGCAUUAAUGGUGAUAAAUUGGACCAAACGGAUAUUGGCAUUAUCUCACCAUAUAAGAAUCAGUACCAGCGCAUCCAGGAGCAGCUCAACAUGCGCAACUGGAAUCAAAUCGAUUGUGGCUCAGUAGAACUGUUUCAGGGCAAGGAGAAGCAAAUAAUAAUUGUUUCCUUUGUACGCUCAUUUACCGAAAAAUUGGGCUUUCUCAAUAAUAGUCGACGAUUGAAUGUUUUGCUGUCACGUCCUAUGUCUUUGCUUAUAUUAAUUGGUAAUCCGCGCACGCUAAGCCAGAAUCAGGAAUUUCGUCAUAUUAUCGACCUGUGUCGGGAUCGAAAAACGCUCGUCGGCUCGCCAUAUUAUCCGGAUGAUAAUAAGACGAACGAGGCGAACGGCGGUGCCGCUCAAACAGUUAAUCCGCCGCGUUCUGGCAGCCAUCCGAUCAAUAAUCAUAAUAAUAAUAACAAAAAUAACAGUCAUCAUCAUCGGCAACAACAAACGGACGCAACAGCUGAGGAGACGUUGGCACACUCAUUCAAACGAACUAAUUUACGCAAUGCAACCUUGUCGGCGGCCACAAAAAUUGGCUACAAUAAAGCUGAGCUGCUGAAAAUGGGUGCCCAGGCGACUGAGCAACGCAAAAAAUUGGAUCUAGACCAGUUGUUUGACGAUCUGCCCAACGUACCGCGUUUUGUGGAUAACGAGUCCGAAUCAGUACGCUCGAUUCGUGCAGAAAUGCAGCAUAUGUCUCUUAAGCGGCCGCAAACAGCGACGGCUGCUGUCAGAAAGCCAGUGGUAAAAGAUGCUGACCCAUUAACGUUGAAUAAAACCCCAACACGUACGGAAACGAAACGACCAUCUCUAAAAGCUGAAUAUAUAGUCGGCAUUGACGCGCUCAAAAUAAUGUGCAAACCUAGUGCACCACCGGCCAGUCCAAAUGUUUCGCGUUGCAAUCAGUAUAGUUUCGUACCUGUGUCCGAGGAGUACAGACGACCGUCGCCAUAUUUUGAACAGGGACGCUCUCCGCCCUACUAUGAUUGGGCCAAUGGAAGUCCAAGGCCGCAGCCAAAACCACAGCCUAAGCCACAGAAGAAGAAUAGCAUUUGUGUUAUAUCAUAAUUGCAUAUAUAUAUUAAGAUUAUGUAGUUUUUUCUUGAAACAACAUAGCUUCGAGGCCUACGCGAGACAAUUGAGUUCUCGAGUUAUCCUUGUUCUGUAUUUUUUGCUGUAUGUCGCAUGUUGCAACUGGGCUGCAUUCUUUCGGUCAGUCUGCGCCAUUUGCAACAUGUUUCAUUCAGCAAAAAUUAAAAAUGUAUCUCCAGUAUACAAACAAAUUCGCAUUGGCUGAAUGCACAGUAAAGUAUAGU